AUGUCCUCCAUCCCCUCCACCUCGUCUACUCCCUCAAUUCCUGCUGCGCUCAAGACCCGUCGACAGUCUGCAGUAUCACGCCCAAGAGCAGCCCGCGCGCACAGUCUGAGCUGCUCGCCGUCUGCUGUUGACGCCUUGGAUCUCUCGUUACCAUCACCAGCGGCAACGCUCGCGAGCCUGCGCAUCUUUGUUCUCAGGCAUCUGGCUGAAGUCGAGCAAUACCUUUCACAACUCGAAUACGACUCUUUCGUAGAGGUCGAGCAGUACCUCGCUCAACAUCACGGCAAAGUCGAUGAGGCACGAGCUUGGGCACGGGAAGGACUUGCGUUACUGGAGCACAUCCGCGCGGAUGUGCAAGCUAGCCUCCCAGCGCUUACCAUCGAUCCUGCAUUGGUGGAACACUUCGUUGCGCGUCUAUCAGAGCUGAGGGUUCCCGACGUCCGCGCACGACUGGACGACGUCAAAGCGCGCCUACCCGACCUGGACUCCUUCGAACUCCCGCACCCAGAGCAGUAUAUCCCGACGCUGUCGGCGCAUUUGCAGUCACUGCACUCGCAUCUAUCGUCCCUCGAAUUGCCUGAUACGCGAACGGCUCUCUCAACUCCAACCGAUCUCCUCGCAGAUCUUCUCGAGCGGCUCCGUGCUUCCGAACUUGCGCGAGAUGUCCGCGAAUUGCAAUCUUCCGUUGCCGAGAAGGCCGCACAUGCCGAAGACACCUUGCGAGACGUUGCCGCAGCCAUCAAACUCGCUGCCGGCGGUAACAAGCUCAUUCAAUACGUCGAUCUGCCUGACGACUGGCGGAAUAACCCUUGGGUCACGCAUGGAUAUCGGUUCAUCCCGUUGAAUAGGUGGCAUAUGAUUGCCUUAUCUGUCUUCAUGUUCCAUAACGAGACCCUCAACAUCCACACCCAUCUCAUCCCCUUCUGUCUCUGGCUUCGUCAAGCAUUGCCAUCGCCUUCUACGAUCCUCUCGUUCCCUCGUUCCUCGGAUCCGCCUGUGGCCCUCUUCACGUUCUUCGCCCUCCUCUGUCUCGGGACGUCAACGCUCUGGCACACCAUGGCCGGCUGCGCGCAUCGUACCGGCAUGGUCCUCAGUGCGAAGUUGGACUACGUCGGCAUCGGCUGGCUCAUAUCUGCCUCUGUCGGGUCCGUAGCGUACUAUGGUUUCCGCGAACAGGCCGUCGCAGAACCGUAUGGGUACAAUGACCACGCAGAGUUCUGGGUCAAACUCUACCUAGGGGUCUGCUGUGCGACGGGCCUGGCCGGGAGCAUCCUGCCCUUUAAGGAGUGGUUCAAUGCGCCGGAACACAAGGGCACACGGGUCCUCUUCUUCGUCAGUCUUGCGCUGAGUGCGGUUGCUCCGCUCGCGCACAUCGCAUUGCGGUAUGGUCUUUGGACGAUGCUUGCGUUCAUCAACCCGGUCCUUCCCUCUCUGUUGUCAUACAUCGCGGGCCUGUUCUUCUACCUGACUUGCCUCCCUGAACGCCUCAUGCCGCCGACUUGGGCCCCUGUACUUCACUUCACUGGUGGUGGCAGUCAUGCAAUCUGGCACGCGUUCAUCGUGCUUGCUAUCCAUCUUCACCGCCAGGCUAUGCCCAUCCUUGCCCAAGGCGUGCAGCUUUCCGUCGCAUAA